AGUUGGAUUUUGAAUUUCGUCGCGACCAAAUCAACUUUUUUUCCACUCGAAGUCAGUUCGAGAGACGCGGAUUAAAUAAUCUCAUCUCUUUCGUUUUGCUUACUUUGUCUUUGGCUCAUCUCUUACUUAGUUACUCACCACAAAUCAGUUUAGUUCGACGGGUCAUAUCAAGAUGUCAAAGAUUUCGAUAGUAAACUCGUGUCUUGUUUUCGUCGUUUUAUUAACACAAGCUUAUACAUGCCCCGAGAAAAAUGGCAGAUUUCCAGUCGGUUCCAGUUGCGAUAGAUAUCUUGAAUGUAUAGAUGGAGUUGGGGAAGAAAAGUUAUGUCCCGAUGGAUUAAGAUUUAACGAGAAGGCAAGUCUGUUCACCUAUCCAUGCCAAUAUCCAAUUGAUGUUAACUGUGGAGGUCGUUCACAGCUUCAGCCGGCUAAUCCAUCCGAAGAUUGUCCCCACCAGUUUGGCUACUUUAGAAUGGGAAACACGCCAAAUGAAUGUAAUCAAUUUUUAAAUUGUGUUGAUGGCCGUGGUUACUUGUUUGAGUGCCCAGAAGGAUUAGCUUUCAGUUCGGAGACCUAUCAUUGUGAUUGGCCCGAUGUAGUCCCAGAUUGCGAUGCAGCUAGCUAUUUAGGAUUUAAAUGCCCACAAGAUCCAAAAGUUGAAGGCUUAGGCUUUGCUGAAUAUCGCUUCUAUCAGAAACCUAGUGACUGCCAGCGUUAUUUCCUUUGUGUAAAUGGAAAUCCUCGACUUUACAAUUGUGGUGAAGGAAACUAUUUUGACAGUAAUCUAAACACUUGCACAAAUGAGACGACGACAUGUACUUAACUUUUCUUGAAUUGUGUUCAUUCGCUUGUAAUAUUUUUGUACCAUCUUUAGAAAAAAAAAAGAAGUGAAAUUAUUGUACAUAUCAAAACUCUCUCCUGAAAGCCAAACAAUAAAGGAUUAAGAAAAUCAAGGAGUUGUUUUUUGGCAAAUAAAAGUCAUUAAAACCAUUGAAUGCAGAGAAAAAAAACCGG